AUGGCUUCUGUGGAUUCCGCAGAAAAAGAAGCAAGUGAAGUACUCCACACUUUAUUGUCGGUGGAAAGAAUAGAAAAACAAGAAGAAAAUGGCGAGAAUCACACCACAUCUCAUUCAUUUCAGACGGCUCCUACAGUGGUUACAGAAAAUCAGGAUGGAGAAUCUCAAAUUCAGUGGCACACUCCUGUAUCUAUAUCACAUUCACUUUUUUCAACAAUUGACGCUAGCGGUCAUUUUGCACAAAACAUGGAUGAUCAGCAGGUAAUUUGGGAGGGUCAUACCAUCGUAGAUCCAGAAACUAAUAAUAUCAAUACCAUAUAUACAAGUCAUCCCAUCGAAGAAUCAGAAACAGGUGAUGAAUCUCCUAGGGUUUCGACAAAUGGAAAACCAAAAAGUCCCUCAAAAAUUAAAAAAAAAAUUCCCAUGAAAAAGAAAAGGAAACUUGGUGAAGGGGGAUUAAGUAGUGAUCCAACAAAAUUAGAGGAAAGUGCUUCUCAGGUGAAAGACAGAUUUAAACGAGGAUGUGAGUGCCAAGACGAAAGUUGUUUCCGUGGUUUGAAUCCAGAAAGUGUUUACAAACAUAGACUGAAUAUUGCUGAACUAACAAAAGGAGAACAUGACAUGUACUUGAUGGGAGUGACAAUGGCUUGUUUAGCAAACCCAGAUACAACUGUACGUCAUAAAGAAAGAAGAAGACUAAGAGCACAGUAUGUGUAUCAAGGUAGAAGAGUUUGUCUUGAUGCUUUCUUAUAUUUAGAAAACUGUACUCAUUAUCAGUUGAAACGGAUAAGAAAGCAUGUUAUGACUCAUGGUGUUGCUCCACGAGUACAUGGUAAUCAUGGUAAAAAACCACACAAUACUUUUUCAUUAGAUAUCUAUCGUCAUGCGACCGAGUUUCUCAAACAGUACCUUGAACAGCAUACAGGGGAACGAGAUAUAGUAAAUACCAAACAACCAAUUCAGCUACCAUGGGAUGUUACUAGAAAAAAUUUACAUGAUGCAUACAAAGAAUAUGGGCAAAUUCUUGAACCUGGCAUUAAGUUAAUGGGUUAUUCCACCUUCAGACAUUUCAUGAAAGAACAGUUUCCUCAUGUAAAAUUUUGCAAAGUUGAACCCAAAUCAUGCCCCUCUUCUCAUCAUAACAAUAAUUCUCACUCUUCUAAUCAACAGCAACCCCAGCAACAACGCCAACAGCAAUCACAAACACAAGUUCAACAAAAUCAACAGAUACAAACAGUUGUUGAAAGGCCCCGGGAACAAAUACAAGUACAAAAAUGUGUUAUAAACAAUGAAGUGCAGCAAGUGAUUCCACUGGUUGUGGCCCCCCCGCCAAAUGACACUACCGUUAAUCAGCACCAUCAACAAACAUUUCUGGUAACUCCCGUUCCUCAGUUAGUCUCCAACGGAAAUAUCGUCAACCCGCAAAACUCUGCUAAUCAUACCACAAACACGUUCUCAUAUCAGCUUGCCAACACUGGCUAUGUUAUCAAUGAACAAGGAAAUAUAGUCACAACUAUGCCCAGUGCUCAGCACCAUACCCCUUAUACCUUUGGUAGAAUGUAAAUCGUGUAGAUUUCCCUGAUUGGAGAGAUUAAGUAUGUGUAAAGUUGGAAACAUUAAGUAUGAAAAAAAUGAAUAGGCUUCUAUUCUAUACCCUAUACCAAAAAUUGUGCUUUGGUAUAUAUUGAUUAAUUUUCAAAUGCUUUAUUAUAUGUGAUGGAAUUGGCCAAUACUUGAUGAAAAUCUAUAACGCAUUCUAGAAACACUCUAUUGUGAGAUUUUCACUGUUGUAUAGACCUGCCCAAAAAAGCUUUUGUAAAACACAUGUCGCGUUUUUUAAAAACUGUUUGGUGAAAAUCACACAAAAAAGUAUUUCUUGAAUGCUUUAUUGAUUGCUUUGAUGAAACUAGUAUUCAAUUUUUCGGAAUUUUUAGAAACUAUAAACCCCUUUUCAAAAUAAAAUUGCAUGUUGUUGAGAAAUUGAAUAUUUGUACCAUACCAGUGGAAAAAAUUGUGAAAUCUCAUUGGGUAGAAUCCUACGUAAAUAUUUUUCUCACACACCAGAACUGUUACACUUUUCUUGAAUAGACUGUGAAACAAUACAAUGAGAGAUGGUUCAUUUGGAAGCCAUUCAAGAAGUUGUUCAUGUAUAAUAAAUAUUUUGGCUAAAAUGAUUAACAAUAUAACAAGAAGGGAAUGGGUUGGUUUAUACCUGUACAAAAAUUCGGAUAUUCUUAAAAGUGUUCAAUCAAGUUCAGUUUGUACAGAGAAUUUUAAUAGUUCAUUCACGAGGUGGAGCUGUUACAAUUUUUCUAUCAGACGAAGGUUUCAUACAUGCAGUGGAGCAGAGUUGGAAUCAAUCGAGUUCUAAGCACACUGCUGUUUUCUGCACUGAUGAGAGGUGAUACCUCGAAACAGGUCUGUAGGUGAUCCACUAGACUGAUUUCAGCAUUGUCCCUCUACUGGAUGAAUAAGAAACAUCUGCAAGGCUAACCUUUGUGAGGUAUCUUACAUAUAUGUAUGUCGGAUAUAAUUCAAUGUUCAGCGUAGUAUUAGCCGGGGAAGUAGUUGUUUUCCAGCAGGCAUUUGCCAGAAUCUACGGUGUAAGUACUUUGAGAAAAAUAAAUAUUUCAAAAUUUGAUUUUCAAAUGUUUAUUUUCUCAAGUGUUUAUUGCUCUGAUUCUGAUAAUCAUUUGAUAAUUUGCGUGAUAUUUUAUUUUAAUGAGUUUACUAGUUACUUGCUCAAGUAUGUAUGUUUUUCAUAUCAUUUUCAGUUAUUCAAUACUGGCGGUUAUUUAGUGGAACUCUUUGGUAUCUGUCGAGCUUUUGGCAAUAUUCAUUGCCUUCUUCUGGGCAACAUUUCGUGCUUACUAUUGUGAGUAAGAAUAAAAAAAUUAUUUAUUCGAGUAGAGGGUAAUGUUUUUUCUUUUCGAUUUUUUGAAAUGAAUGUAAGAAUUUUACCGAGAUUGUUUAGUUCUUAUCUUCUAUUUAUCACUUGUUCUUUGUUAUUCGGCUCAGGCAUUUCUAAAAAUAAUCUCUUCGUAGGAUUUUUUCCAGUAUGUAAAGUCUUAGCAUUAUUAUAAUCCAUAUUAUGGUUAAACCGAAUAACGUGUGAAUAACGCCGAUUUGAAAAUAUGUCAAAGUCAGUUCCACCAUUACAUUUCACUUGUUUUUGUGUUUUCAUAAAAAUCCUUUUUUUCAUUCAUUUUCAGGAUAGUAAGUGACAAAUGUUUUCAAAUAAUAUAUAAUCACUCAUAUAUAGUGUUAUAGGUAUGUAUGCCAGGAAAUCCAGCGGAUUGUCUGGCUGCCAGUUUUGCUAGUUCAUUUAGCGUUACCCAGAGUACAAAUGUAGUAUUCUACUACGGACGCGAACUAGCUUUACAUAUAAAAAAUUAUAGCCAUACUGAAACCAGGCAAGCCAAAUGAUAUGCCACAAAGUUACCGCCCGAUCGCUAUACUCAGUAUGCUCUUCAAACUUCUAGAAAGGCUCUUGUACAACAGAAUUAGUCAGAAGAUAUUGGAUAAAAUUCCUGUUGAGCAGGCAGGUUUCCGCCCUAACAGAAACUGCACGGAUUAAGUCCUAUCACUAACCUCAUUCAUAGAAGCAGGCUUCCAGACAACAGCCAUCUUUAUAGAUCUGACGGCUGCGUACAAUACUGUAUGGAGACCAGACAUCUUUUUCAAGCUCGUGCGUGCAAUACCCUGCAAGAAGACAGUAGACCUGAUAGAUGCCAUGCUCUGUCGAAAACAACAGAUAAGAUGAAAACGCGUAAUAACAUCCUCCAGAAUCUAUGUGGCACCACUUGGAGAGCAUCAGCCUCCACACUGAGAUCCUCAGCCCUGAGCUUAGUAUACUCAGCAGCUGAAUACUGCUCCCCGGUGUGGCUUAAUAGCUCUCACGUUGACCUGGUUGAUGUCCCGCUCAAUCACACAAUGCGGCUCACUCAUUACAGGUACAAUCAAACCAACACCCACUUUCUGGCUCCCCACGCUUAGCCACAUAGCCCUCCUCACUUCCGUAGAGAGCACGCUGUUGUUAGGAAAUCAGGAAUAUCAUUAAUAAUCCUCAACUACCAAUCCACUCCGAUACCCUCACCCUCGAAAGAAACAGACUCUGCUCCAGGAAUCCCCCUCUUAGAACUGGAAAGUCUCUGCAUAAUGUCGGUUUUGACAAACUGCCCGCUGGCGAGAAGAAUGGAACGUCAAUGCUCCGCUAGCCUACCACAACAUGCCUUGCAUAUACAGCAAACCACAUGGAUUCAACUUACCCUCACUUUUCAAAUGGGGUGAAAACCAUUCCCCCAGGUGCGACUGUGGAGAUGAUAUGCAAACAAUCAGCCACAUCGUUGAAGACUGCCCACUGAGGGCCUACACCGGUGACCCCUCUGACUUCCGGACAGCGACUAAGGAUGCAGUUGAAUAUAUACGUGACUUAGAUGUUUGUUUGUAAACUUAAUUUCCUGUGUCUUUUUAUGCUUCUAUACAGUUAGGUUUGUUAUGUUAACUUUUGUGAUGUGAAUAAGCCAUACGCUAAAUAAAACUCAUGUAUAUAUUACAGUUGUCCUGAAGAGGGCAAUAAACAUUGCUGAAAGCUCGUUAUUAUACAUAUUAUACAAAUAUGUAUAAUAACUGUAUAACAUAUAUGAAAGAGUCAUUCAGAAACUCUAUUAGUAACUAUAAUAGCACCCAUCUAUUAACAGAAGUUUCACUUCAUUGUGGAAAACUAUAUUGCUAUUUAUUUGUUUCACCUGAAUAACUAAUUUAUUUCAACAACUGAUGGCAUCAUUUUGAGAAAAAUCUUCAUAGUAUGAUAAUUAAUCUAUGGCGAGGGAUUCAUGAAAGAUUUUUAUUUCGAGUGUUAACACUCUUUCUUUCUCUUUGGUGCUAUAAAGACUAUUGAAAUACCUUUGCUCUGCCCCUGAUCAUGAUGUUGUGAUUGAGAUGUGAAUAGGCCAUGGCUAAAUGAAUGCUGAGUAGAGCAGAUUCAACUGAACUUGAUCGUAACUGUUUCAUAGCAUAGUAUGAUUCAUUCAAAUUCAAAUAAAUACAAUCAAUAU